AUGGCGUGGACCAAGGGCCGGCAGCGAUUUUCCCUGGAUGAAAGAGAUUCGGGGAGGCUUUUGGGUGGUGCAAUUGCAGGGAUCCAUUCCAUGACAGAUGAGCAUUUUGGCAUAAGCAUCGUAGAGUACAUGGCAGCCGUCACCAUACCAAUUGAGAUGGACAUUGUGUUGGCUGAAGACAGGGAAGCAAACUGGAUUUCUUGCCCAAAAUGUGGAAGAAUAUGCAGAUGCCAUUUCAAAAUAAGAAUGUGGAAACCGAGAGAUUUGAGAUGGCUGCGGCUGCAAUGA